GUAUAAAGCACGCGAGGGUUUUCUUUCCCAUUUCAUUCGCAGUGCCAAAUAAUAAAGCCGGACACAUCUGAGUCCUAACACAGCGUUUGGCAAGCGAGAGAAACAAAAUCCGAAGGGAAUCCCAAUUUCUUCGCUCUCCAUUUCUACCGCUUCCAUUUCUCCUUUUUUUUAACCUCCGGCAAUGGCUACCAAUUCUGAUUCUUUUAAACAAUCCCUUCUCCCUAGCUUCCUUUACUCUUCUUCCCCCAACUCAUUCUCUCUGGAUCGACUCCUCAACGCCAACAGCCCUGCUUUCUCUGCUUCGCGCUCCACUAUACCCGAUGCUCCUGCGGCCUCUUCCUCGCCAUCGAUCAAGGCGAGAACUUUCAUGAUCCCCUCCCCCAAUGAGCCCGGGAAGAAGAUCGAGAUGUAUUCGCCUCAGUUCUACGCUGCUUGUACCUUUGGCGGUAUCCUUAGCUGUGGUCUCACUCACAUGGCCGUUACUCCUCUUGACCUCGUCAAGUGUAAUAUGCAGAUUGACCCUGCAAAGUACAAAAGUAUUUCAUCUGGUUUUGGAGUUCUACUAAAGGAGCAAGGAGUGAGAGGCUUCUUCCGUGGUUGGGUUCCUACCCUUCUUGGUUACAGCGCACAGGGUGCUUGCAAGUUUGGAUUCUAUGAGUUCUUCAAGAAGUACUAUUCUGACCUUGCUGGACCUGAAUAUUUUGCCAAGUACAAGACUCUCAUCUAUCUUGCCGGCUCUGCAUCUGCUGAGGUAAUUGCUGAUGUUGCACUUUGUCCCUUUGAGGCAGUCAAGGUCAGGGUUCAAACCCAGCCUGGUUUUGCUAGGGGUCUGUCUGAUGGUCUUCCCAAGUUUGUCAGAUCAGAAGGUGCUGUUGGAUUGUACAAGGGUAUUGUUCCUCUUUGGGGCCGACAGAUUCCAUAUACCAUGAUGAAAUUUGCUUCUUUUGAAACUAUUGUUGAGAUGAUCUACAAGUAUGGUAUUCCCACUCCCAAGGAGCAGUGCAGCAAAAGUCUGCAGCUUGGUGUUAGUUUUGCUGGUGGUUAUGUCGCUGGUGUCUUCUGUGCUAUUGUUUCGCAUCCUGCUGACAACCUUGUCUCCUUCCUUAACAAUGCCAAAGGAGCAACUGUUGGGGAUGCUGUGAAGAAGCUUGGAUUAUGGGGUCUGUUUACCCGUGGUCUUCCCCUCCGUAUUGUGAUGAUUGGAACUCUAACUGGAGCUCAGUGGGGUAUCUAUGAUGCUUUCAAAGUGUUUGUGGGGCUGCCAACUACUGGUGGUGUUGCUCCUGCUCCUGCGGCUGUGGAGCUUGCCAAGGCAUAGAAUGUUGGAAAUCCUGUUGUCAUGGGGGACAAGUAAACAUAGGAUUGCUGGAAUGGUUUGUCAAGCUGGUGGAAGGAUAUUCUUUUUUGCGUUGAGAACAUUUUUAUCAAGUCGCUCUGUUUUGAAAAAAACUGUUGGUUCUAGGAGAGGAUGGUUUUGAUCUCAUCCUCCAAACUACGGAGACUAAUUAUUUUUGUAAUAGUUAGAUCAUAAAUGAAAUUUCAUUUGAAGAUCAA